AUCCCGGAAUGAUGUUGAAUUUGUUAAUGCGAUUCUAUUGGUGGUUCAAUGAGAUGCCUACUGAUGUCAAGAAAGUCCAUCCUAAUGCCAUGAAUGUAUUGCAGAUCAUUUUCUUAACCGAUGUGGUUCAAUCAAUCAUUUUCCCAACGGUUGUCAACAUGUGCCAACUUAGUAUAUUCAACGAUCGUGUUUUCUUGAGUUGGAUAACUGCAGUACACCAUCUCGGUGCUGCCGUUGGCGGUUUGCUUGGUUGGGCGGCUACAUACUAUCGUUUGGAUAAGCAUUUUUAUCUAGUGUCGCAAUACACAUCUGUUGCCUUAACUGUGAUGCUUUUAUACUUCAUCAAGAUGUUACGUGUAAACAACAUGAUGAUUCAUAUCGCAUGGCACGGCAUAUAUUACGUGAUAUAUUCCUUACAAGAAAUCGCAAUAUCAGAUACUUUGGUAUCGUCAAUUGGAAAGAAACAAAUGAGCCACUAUCUGACUCUAUCGUCAGUAGUUGCUAAAUUAGGCAACAUUGUCGGUCCAGCAACUCUAAUCAUGGUCUCGACACUACAGCAUACAAGCUUUGCGAAUUACAAUGUACCAUUCAGUUUAAAGAAUGCAGAAAUGGCAUAUUUCCUGGUGUUCGCACUAUUCGUCGUGAGGGUAGGCUACACGUUCGAGUUACAAAAGGUAAAUAAUAAACCUAUAUCGCACGGCGACGAUGGAGUGUCGCCCAUGUUAACUGAUAGCGAGGGGAACUUAUCAAUUGUUGAUACCGUUUCUGACGUAGAGUCCACGGAUAUGGGCCUACAAAUUCCAAACGAAAGACAUCGCAUUUUACCAUAUAUCAUGUUCGCAAUGAACGCACUCUCACUUAUUGGAGCGGGAUUAUCAAUCAGAUUCCUGUUCCAUUAUAUGGUUAUCCGGUGUCAAAUUGAAUACCGCCUUGUAUGGUUAGCCAAUAUUUGCAUACCUAUCACGUCCGCUGGAUUGUUAUUUAUAAUCGACAAGCAGGCACAUCGUCACGGGCACCUUAUAACAAUUUUGUGGUCCAAGAUAGUUGCAUUAAUAUGCCUCUAUGCAUUCGUGAAGUCGCGGGAUAAAACUUUAAUGCUAUUUUUGUAUGUUAUCAGAGCAACAUUCCAGAACACACCUCUGGCAUUAACAGCGGUUGUUAUGCUUAAGCAUAGCAACGAAAACAGUAAAGGUUACUGGAUUGCAUCUGAGCACGUAUCGCGAGUCAUCCUUUUUGUUUCCACUAUACUUGGUGGAUAUCUAUGCAAUUUCGGCGGUUUAGACUACUGCUUCUUUGCAACAGGGUGUUUCUACACGGCGUCAAUUAUACUGCUAUUACCGUGUGUUAUUCUAUUCCCUGGUGUCUAGUUAUAAGGGCGU